UUAAAGUGGUUCUGCAAAUGAUGAAGAGGAGAGAGAAAGAAGGCAUAGAAAAAGAGCGAUCUCAUAUUCUCAGGCGCUCAUUGAGAAUAGGGUUAGACUGCGCAAUACAUUUGACCAGAACUGAGCGGAUUUAUCCGACGUAGAAGCCAUAGAGCUCGGGGAUUUUUUUUCUCAGCUCCUUCAUACCUGACGAACUAAGUGGAUCUAGAUUUUGCAUUUUGCUCCUUACGGAUGGAGAACCGCCAGCAUCGACGUGGAAAAUGGCUACUGCUGCUCAGGACGCCAGGAUGGAAACUCUUUAUUGUUUUCUUGAUGGCUUCCUCCAUCGACGGACAAAUCCGUUACUCAAUUCCAGAGGAAACAAAGAAAGGUGCCCUUAUCGGUAAUGUUGCACAAGAUCUUGGGUUGGAUUUGUCUCGGCUGCGUUCUGGGCGGGCCCGUAUUGUGAGUGGAGAGAGCAAUCAGUACACCGAGCUGAAGGCAGACAAAGGGAUUUUGGUUGUGAAAGAGAGAAUUGACAGAGAGCAGCUCUGCGGCGAGGUAACGCCUUGCAGUUUCAGCUUUGAAAUUAUUUUAGAAAAUCCGAUCGAACUGCACAGAGUCACCGUGGAGAUAUUGGACGUAAAUGAUCAUGCGCCAACCUUCAAAAAUAAAGUGAUCAAUUUAGAAAUCAGCGAAUCUGCAACCAUAGGAUCCCACUUUGAUUUAGAAAGCGCGUAUGACCCUGAUGCGGGUAUUUAUAGCUUGCAAAAUUAUGUCCUUUCGCCGAACGAACAUUUUGUUUUGAAGCAGCACUCUAACGCAGACGGAGUAAGAUUUGCUGUUAUGAUUUUACAGAAGCCACUAGACCGAGAGCUGAGCCCACACGUCUCUUUAAAGCUCAUAGCUGUAGAUGGAGGAACUCCCCAGCGCUCUGGAACAGUAAAUAUUGAGAUUAAUGUUCUUGAUAAUAACGAUAAUCCACCUAAAUUUAAUCAGUCAAUUUACAAAGCUAUUGUGAUGGAAAAUGCCCCCAUUGGCACAUAUAUAACAACGGUAAAUGCUUCAGAUGCAGACAGAAGUUCUGAUGGCUUGGUUACAUAUUCAUUUUCUAAUAUAAAAGGAAAUUAUGCUUUUGAGAUUGACAGCUUGUCUGGGAGAAUUACUGUUGUUGAUAGUAUUGAUUAUGAAAAAGACAAGAAAUAUGAAAUAAGAGUAAUUGCAAAAGAUCAGGGAGGUCUCACUGACGCAUCAAAAGUUGUAAUUGAGGUUUUGGACACUAAUGAUAAUGCACCAGUUAUUACUAUAAUGUCUUUCUCUAACACAGUUUCAGAGGACGUCCCUCCAGGUACGACUCUAGCUGUUUUUAAUGUAAAAGAUGCUGAUUCUGAAAGAAACGGGCAGAUAAAAUGCUCAGUUGAUUCUAACCUUCCCUUUAAAAUCCAGUCCUCCCUCACGGAUUAUUACAAUUUGCUCUCAGAUGUGGCUCUUGAUCGUGAAACGACUCCUGAGUAUAAUAUAACAAUUACUGCAACGGAUUCUGGAUCUCCGCCACUUUCUUCUUUUGCAUGUUUGCAUCUGAAACUUUCUGAUGUAAACGAUAAUCCUCCGAUCUUUGAACACCCAAAUUACUCCACAACAAUUAUUGAAAACAACACUCCAGGGGGGUCAGUAUUCAGUUUGAGUGCACAGGACGCUGACUGGAAUCAAAACGCAAAAAUCUCAUACUUUCUUGAGGACACUGAUGUCAAUGGUAGUCCAGUUUCAACGUAUUUGUCAAUAAAUUCAGAAAGCGGAGUUAUACAUGCAGCACGCUCAUUUGAUUAUGAACAGAUAACACAGCUCGUGUUUACAGUGAAAGCACAGGAUGGAGGCUCUCCUCCACUCAGCAGCAACGUGACUGUGAAAAUGCUGAUCCAGGACCAGAACGAUAACCCUCCUCAGGUUCUGUACCCGGUCCAGACUGGUGGCUCUGUGGUGGCUGAAAUGGUGCCUCGUUCAGCAGAUGUGGGCUACCUGGUGACUAAAGUGGUGGCUGUAGAUGUGGACUCUGGACAGAACGCCUGGCUCUCCUAUAAACUGCAGAAAGCCACAGACAGGGCGCUGUUUGAAGUGGGCUCACAGAAUGGAGAAAUAAGAACAAUCCGUCAGGUGACUGAUAAAGAUGCUGUGAAACAGAGACUGACUGUGAUAGUGGAGGACAACGGGCAGCCCUCUCGUUCAGCUACAGUCAUUGUUAACGUGGCGGUGGCGGACAGCUUCCCUGAAGUGCUGUCCGAGUUCACUGACUUUCCUCACGAUAAGGAGUACAAUGACAACCUGACUUUUUACUUGGUUUUGGCUCUGGCUGUGGUCUCCUUCCUCUUCAUCACGUGUUUAGUGGUUAUUAUAUCAGUCAAGAUCUACAGAUGGAGACAGUCUCGCAUCCUGUAUCACUCCAACCUCCCUGUGAUUCCAUAUUAUCCUCCACGUUACUCAGACACUUUGGGAACAGGGACUCUGCCACACGUGUACAACUACGAGGUGUGCAGGACCACUGACUCCAGAAAGAGUGACAAUAAGUUUGGAGGAGCUGGCGGUCAGAACGUGUUGAUAAUGGACCCCAGUUCUACAGGAACCAUGCAGCGGAUACAGAGUGAGAAGAGCAUCCUGGAUCAACCUGACUCUCCCCUUGAGGUUGGUUGUAUAACUCCCUAAAGUUUUCUGUAUACA